UUUCUGGGUGAGCGGUGUGUUGCGCGCGUCUGUCGCUUGUAAAUUUUUUUGAUAAAAAAUAAUUGUGUUUAUACUAUUAGCGCGGAAAACUAAACGGCAGAAGGUCAUAGGAGGAAAGACACUCAAUCUACGUCAGACGCCAAGCGUUGGCCCCACCACCAACAACCAACACCCAACACCCAGCACCUAGCACCAUCCAUGGUCGUCACCAUGUCCAAUAAGAAUCGAUGAUUAGCUAAGAAGACAACCUACAUAUAUAUGUACAUACCUAUGUAUUAUGUAUAUAUAUUUCCAUAUAUGUUAUAGACUAUUAUUUGUGUGUAUAUAGAAGAAGAAGAAGAAGGUCGUGAUUACAAAAUAAAAGCAACUAGAUCAAAAUGUUGAUCAAGGAAUAUCGCAUACCGUUGCCCCUCACCGUCGAGGAGUAUCGCAUUGCCCAGCUGUAUAUGAUAGCGAAAAAGAGUCGCCAGGAGAGCCACGGCGAAGGUAGCGGAGUAGAGAUCAUUAUUAAUGAACCCUAUAAAGAUGGACCCGGCGGCAAUGGACAAUAUACGAAAAAAAUCUAUCAUGUGGGCAAUCAUUUACCCGGUUGGAUAAAAAGUUUAUUGCCCAAAAGUGCCCUGACAGUUGAGGAAGAGGCAUGGAAUGCAUAUCCAUACACAAGGACACGCUAUACUUGUCCAUUCGUUGAGAAAUUCUCAUUGGACAUUGAAACGUAUUAUUAUCCAGAUAAUGGCUUCCAAGAAAACGUAUUUCAACUAUCUGGAAGUGAUUUACGUAAUCGUAUUGUGGAUGUAAUUGACAUUGUUAAGGAUCAACUUUGGGGCGGUGAUUAUAUCAAAGAAGAGGAUCCCAAACAUUUCGUGUCAGAUAAGACGGGACGUGGUCCAUUAGGCGAUGACUGGCUAGAGGAAUAUUGGCGUGAAGUCAAGGGUAAAAAGCAACCAACAUCCCGCAACAUGUCCUUGAUGACUGCCUAUAAAAUCUGCCGUGUUGAAUUCCGCUAUUGGGGAAUGCAAACAAAACUAGAAAAAUUCAUACACGAUAUAGCACUACGGAAAGUAAUGUUGCGUGCCCAUCGUCAGGCUUGGGCCUGGCAAGAUGAAUGGCAUGGACUAACCAUUGAGGAUAUACGCGAAUUGGAGAGGCAAACCCAAUUGGCGCUGGCCAAGAAAAUGGGCAGCGGCGAAGAGGGCAGCGAUGCCGAUAGCAACUCGGAGGCUUAUGUUAGCACAGCGGCAAGUGCAGGUGCUGCUACCUCCUCUGCCGCCAUUACUGUUGGUAGUGAGCGAAAGAAAUCUGCUCCAGCUAUACCACCAAUUGUGACACAACAACCGCCAAGCGCCGAAGGCAGUUCCGAUGAGGAUGAGGGCGAUGACGAUGAUGAUGUUGAGGAUGAGAACGAUGGAAUUGGCGCCGGUCUGGAUCUAAGUACAAGCAAUCAACAACAAGGUGCCACUACCGGUGGGUCCAGUCAACGCUCGAGAUCCCAAAGUAUUCAGCUAGCCACUGGCAUUGGUGGUGCGAAUAGUAAAAGCAAAUUUGGAUCUAAAGGUGCCCUCCAUUCCCCAGUGGGUUCGGCACAUAGUUUUGAUUUGCAGCCGCAUGCCAAAACAGAGCCACCCAGACACCACGUGGCCAAUUGGCGUAUGGAACGUUUGGAAGUUGAUUCUAAAUCCAAUUCAGAUGAGGAAUUCUUUGAUUGCUUGGACACAAAUGAGACAAAUUCAUUGGCCAAGUGGAGUUCGUUGGAGCUGUUGGGCGAGGGCGAUGAUAGUCCACCACCUCAUGGCGGCAGCAGCAGCAGCGGCGGCGGUGGCGGUGGUUUCAUGGGCGGUGGAACUUCAUCGAGCGGUUCUUCUGGAGUCGGGCGUUAUCAUGGUCGGCAGGAUGAUAGCAUAUUCAAUCAGGAUUUCCUAAUGCGUGUCGCCUCCGAACGUGGCAAUAAGCGGCAGUUGCGUUCAUCGGCUAGCGUGGAUCGCAGCCAUGACUCAUCACCGCCGGGUUCUCCAAGCACACCAUCAUGUCCGACCACCAUAUUAAUACUUGUCAUCCAUGCUGGCAGCGUGCUGGAUGCGGCAAGUGAAUUGACCGCCAAAAAAUCAGAUGUUACAACAUUUCGUGGCUCAUUCGAGGCUGUAAUGCGUCAGCAUUAUCCCAGCCUGUUGACCCAUGUGACAAUUAAAAUGGUACCCUGUCCAUCGAUAUGCACCGACGCCUUGGGCAUUCUAUCGAGCCUUAGUCCAUAUUCGUUUGAUGCUUCACCAUCGGCCGCUGAUAUACCUAAUAUAGCGGAUGUGCCAAUUGGAGCGAUACCUUUGCUAUCAGUAGCCUCGCCCGAGUAUCAAGAGACAGUCAAUAAAACUGUGUCCGCUGCCAAUAUUGUUUACCAUGAGUUCUUGAAAUCGGAAGAAGGACAUGGCUUCUCCGGCCAAAUUGUUAUGCUUGGCGAUUCUAUGGGCUCGCUACUGGCCUAUGAGGCAUUGUGUCGCGGUGGAAAUGGUUGUCAGCCAGCUACAUUGAAUACCGGUGGCGAUGGUGAUGCCAACAAUUCGAUUCCCAAUCCGACUAUCAAUAGCCGUCACUCCCGUCUGGACAUGGAACAUCAUCAUCAUCAGCAUCAACAUCAACAUCAUCAUUCUCAUCACGAAGAAGUUCGUUCGUUCAUUGAGACAGCUGACUUGGAUGCUAAACGUCUUUUGGUUGCCCCAUCGCCGCGUCGUCGUCGCUCCAGUUCAUCCAGCGAUUCGCGGGCCGCUGCUGGUGCUUCGACCUGCAGUAAAUUGGAUUUCGAAAUUAGUGAUUUCUUUAUGUUUGGUUCACCCCUAUCUGUGGUCUUGGCUGCCCGUAAAUUGCACGAUGCCAAAGCAGCCUUGGCCAGACCCAAUUGCCAUCAGGUUUACAAUUUGUUCCAUCCAACUGAUCCGAUUGCCUCGCGUCUAGAGCCAUUGCUUAGUGCCAGAUUCUCCAUAUUGGCACCGGUUAAUGUGCCCAGAUAUGCCAAAUAUCCGCUUGGUAAUGGUCAGCCAUUGCAUUUAUUGGAGGUGAUACAAUCGCAUCCUCAGCAUUUCAAUGAUGGCCAUAAUCUAUUAGCCGGUAGAAGACUCUCGGAUGCCUCAAUGCAGAGCACAAUAUCUGGUUUGAUUGAGAAUGUUUCCCUAAGUACCAUACAUUCCCUUCAAAACAAAUGGUGGGGCACUAAGCGUCUGGAUUAUGCCCUCUAUUGCCCGGAAGGAUUAAGCAAUUUCCCAGCCCAUGCUUUGCCGCAUUUGUUUCACGCCAGCUACUGGGAGAGUCCGGAUGUGAUUGCCUUUAUAUUGAGACAAAUUGGCAAAUUCGAAGGAAUUCCGUUUGUUGGCUCACAGGAUGAUAAGGACAAUGCCAGCAGCUUCCAUCCGGGACAACCGCGAGAGAAAUGGAUUAAGAAACGUACAUCGGUGAAGCUAAAGAAUGUGGCGGCCAAUCAUCGAGCCAACGAUAUUAUUGUCCAGGAGGGUAGGGAACAGCGUUUAAAUGCUCGCUUCAUGUACGGGCCACUCGAUAUGAUCACAUUACAUGGCGAGAAAGUCGAUGUGCAUAUUAUGAAGGAUCCACCAGCCGGGGAAUGGACAUACCUAACCACAGAAAUGACAGAUAAAAAUGGACGCAUCUCGUACAGUAUACCCGAUCAGGUAUCUCUCGGCUAUGGCAUUUAUCCCAUUAAAAUGGUUGUACGCGGUGAUCAUACAUCGGUGGAUUGCUAUAUGGCUGUGGUGCCACCGCUCACCGAAUGUGUGGUCUUUAGCAUUGAUGGCUCCUUUACGGCAUCCAUGUCGGUGACCGGUCGUGAUCCCAAAGUUCGUGCUGGUGCAGUGGAUGUCUGCCGCCAUUGGCAAGAAUUGGGCUAUCUGCUCAUCUAUAUAACCGGACGUCCGGAUAUGCAACAACAGCGUGUUGUCUCAUGGUUAAGCCAGCACAAUUUCCCCCAUGGACUGAUCUCUUUUGCCGAUGGUUUGUCCACCGAUCCCCUUGGGCAUAAGACAGCCUAUCUCAACAAUUUGGUACAAAAUCAUGGAAUCUCAAUCACUGCAGCCUAUGGCAGCAGCAAGGAUAUUAGUGUCUACACCAAUGUUGGCAUGCGAUCCGAACAGAUAUUCAUUGUGGGCAAGGUUAGCAAGAAAUUGCAAUCGAAUGCCACAGUUUUGAGUGAUGGCUAUGCAGCUCAUUUGGCUGGCCUCCAGGCCGUUGGUGGGUCACGACCGGCCAAGGGUAAUGCUCGCAUGGUCAUACCACGCGGAUGCUUUAAUCUGCCCGGACAGUCGGCAAAUCCACGACGACGAAGUGAAAUUCAUUCAUACCAUUCGCUCCUCCCCCCUCUUCCGUCCCAUUGACUAAAUAGUUCAAUGACUAUAAUUUAAACAAUUAUAUGUGAAAGUGUUACAUCAGCAUAUUUAACAUCAUUUUAAAAUUGCUGAUAUAUCGAAAAGCUAAAGCGAUAUAACAGAAAUAGUUAUCAUUGACCGCAAGUAGUUGUUUAUGAAUAAACCAAAUGGUGAUAUUAAUUAAGCAAAGAGCACAGUGCACAGUAAAGAGAUGUAGAGAUGUAGUAAAUUGGAAAUUUGUUUUGUUUUGUUCAACUGCUUAUGGUCUCACAUAUAAAAUCGUACACCAUACAUACAUCAUGCAUAUAAUGAAGCUUCUAGCGUUGGCUGCUCAUUUCUUCGAUUGUUCAAUCACUUGUUCAGUUUUUUCCACUGACUUUUUUACUUUUUCACACUUCCAAAAGUCACAAUAAGCAACAGAAAAUGAUUAACUUCUCAAGACAACAAAGAUGCUUGCAAAACUUAGUGGAAUUUAGAUUGAUAUGGUCAGAGAACUGUAUCUCUUUGUUGCAGUAAAGCAAACAUCAAAGAAGUUAGUCAGGGAACAACAAAUCAAGUUAAUCAAUCCAUAAGCGACCAUCUGAAUAAUAUUUUAAAAUGAAAAACUAAACAAGUGAUUGAAAAAAUUGAUUUAUUUUCACAAAAUGAGCAGACCCAACACUAAUAUCUUGCCAAAAACCAAAGACUACUUUUAACUUUUACACUUUACCAUGUCACCCUGCGCCCUGCCACGCCCCCCGUCCUGCCCCCGCCUGACUUAAUCUUGAUCUGUCCCCAUCCCGUUACAAAUAUAUUGCACCAACUCUUGCUCUCAUGGAGCAGCACUGCCUUUGAACUGCAAUUGGCCAGCAACAAUAUCAACAACAACAACAGCACGAACAUCAGCAACA